ACUUGGCGGCCGAUUCAAGCCACAUACAGUUUUCUUCACAGUCCUGAUAACAGAAGGUGUGAGGAGUGCGUAUGCGUAUAGAGGAUAUAGCCAUCGGAGGAGGCAUGUGGCUUUAAGUGAAAGCUGUUGAAUUGUUUGCUAUAAAUACAUCUGUGCUGCUUUCAUCUUAUUCUGUUGAGGAACUGCGUGGCGCGCGAGUGUGCGCAUGGAGUGCGGGUUGCCGCUUGAAUUCCAAACAUUCUAGAUGUUUUCUUCAGUUUGCUGACAGAUUUCGGGGGGAGAGAGUGACUCAGGCGGUGCACAUGGAUGUUCUCGUUAAAAGGAGAGACUAGCGUUCCUAUUCCCGCGACAUCAUCAUCCCACACUAGUGGAGCUCCACGAUGCGCGGUGUGAUGCUGCUCAGUCCUGCUCAGUAGCAGCUUACAGGAGGCGUGCUUAUCCCUGCCACAGGAGCCCAGACAGGAGGAGGACCGGAGCAGCGGCCGGCCAGCGGGCUUUCACACCGGGCGCUGGACACACCGUGAAAGAGAGCGCCCCUUUUUUUUUUUUUUUUUUUUUUUUUUGUUCCUCCCGGGGGUGUUGUGCGCCCCCCCUCCGCCUCCCACCUUCCCGAGCGAUGGCAUCCACGGAUCGAUCAGCGGCACCGCGUUGAAGCUCUGAGUGAUGCAGUCUCUGUUUGGCGGAGGAGAGCUGGGGCUGCUGGGAGGAGGUGGCGAUGCAGGGGGCCUGAAAGAGGACGGCUGCGUCAGCGUGGCGUGGCGGAACUCGCCCCUUCCCCAAGACGAUGUCUACUCAGCCUCGCACUUCGCCCUCAUCACCGCCUAUCAGGACAUCAAGACGAGACUCGCUUGCCUGGAGCGAGAGAACACCAGCAUUAAGAGGAAGCUCAAGAUCUAUGAGAUAAAGUUCCCUAUGAUCAACGAGUUUGGGGAGGACACUAACUCCUACUGCUCUUUCGAGAGCAAGGAGACGGCGCUGCUGCACUCAGAAAAUGGAAACCUGCAGCAGAGAGUCAACGUCCUGACCCACGAGCUCCAGAAGAGAAAAGAGCGGGAGGAGCAGCUGGAGGACGUGAUCCAGGCCUACGAGAAGAUUCACAUGGAGAAGAGCAACCUCCAGAGGGACCUCGACAAGAUGACCAGCCUGGUGGAGAAGCACGUCGAGCGUAUCCUGAGCCUGGAGUCAGCGCUGAGGCAGAGAGAAAACUCCCUGCAGAAACUCAACAUGCAGCUGCACAGCAAAGACAUGCAGUACCUGCAGCUCCACGCCGGCCCAGACGCGCACAUGCUGGACUGUCCGGCCCUGACCCUUCAGAGCUCCCGUAGCCUGGACACCCUGUCGGACCUGAAGCUGCAGCGCCUGGAGGCGGAGCUAGAAGGGGUGCGGCACGAGGCGCAGGGGGCGUGUCAGCGGGAAGAGGAGCUGAAGGCGGAGUGUGAGAGGCUGAAGGACGAGAUGAGACAGCUGCAGAACAGCCAGAGAGAGAGGGAAAUGACUUCUCCGUGCAAGCAGUGUGAUGUGGAGUGGAUAAAGAAGGUGGGAGACGAACAGGUGAACUUGGCUCUGGCCUACACGGAGCUAACAGAGGAGCUGGGGCGCCUGCAAGCACUGAGCUCCAAGCAGAAGGAGAUCCUGAGGAAAGCCACACAGGAGCAGGCUGCCCCAGUCCAGCUCCACUCUCCCAUCCACCACCAACGCCACUCUCCAGUAUCACAGCGCCACUCGCCAAUCUCGCAGCGCCAUUCUCCAGUCCCCCCGCCGCCACACCACUCCCCGAUCCAGCAGCGACGCUCCCCGGUGCUGCAGCGCCUCUCCCCGGACAUGCACCGCCGCUCGCCCCUGCUGGACGUCAACGACGGGCCGGCCUCUUACUCCUACCGGCCGCCCAGCCAGCACCUGAGAGCCAGCUUCCAGGGCCGUCGCAGUUACUCAGAGGUCGCCGACCCUUCGGCUUACCAGUGCCCGCCCCGUUUCUCUCUGGACCCCGUCUCCACCCUGCCCAAGCCGCGGCCCUACAUUGAGGGAUACCCGAAGCAGCAGUCCCAACACGUGGGCUCUCCUCACCGUGGACUGCAGCACAGAGGAUCCCCGUCUCCCCACCAGGGCGGUGCGGGAGGAGACGGGGGCCACGGGGAGAGCUCCAUGCGCCACUCCAGAGAGAUGCCAUUUCCACUGUCGGAGGUGGCUCAUCUCCACUUCGAGCCUGCCCCUGCUUCUACGCAGGCACCCCAGCCCCAACAGUCCUCCGAAGACGAGGACGAGUGGACCUGCCCGCAUCCCAUCAGCCCACCGAGGACACUGGGCGUGCUUUCUGCAGCAGUGCCCGGCGGGGUCAUGAGGGGCCCGGCAUCCUGCUCAGCCUUCCCCAUCCCUCAGAGGCCUAACACCCUCAGCUGCCACCCCCAGUCGGGGUACAUGUCCGCAGAACACGCUCAGUCCUGGCCUUCAAUCAACCUCUGGAUGGAGACCGAGGAGAGUGACAUGAGGAGCUGCCCUCUCUGCCAGCUGAUAUUCCCCGUCGGUUACCCUGACGAUGCCCUCAUCAAGCACAUCGACUCCCACCUGGAGAACAGCAAGAUAUGAUUGCCAUGGCAACCGGCCUGCACACAUCUGCGCUCUCCUCUUAUAGAUUACGUAAGAGAUGGGCAGACCCGGCCUUAUGGAAAGAGGCAAUCCGUUUUUGCGUGUGAACCUGUUGUGUGUCAUAAUCUAUAUAGGUAGGGAUGCAAAGUGGCGCAGGGGUUUAUUUUUAUUUGGGAGGUACUUAAGCACAGGUCCGUCUUGGAUUUGUGAGCCCACAUGCGGGAGUCCUUUGCUGAUUGCCCUUAAGACAGAUCCGCCUGUAUAAUCACUGGCUCUGGUUGCUGCUGUUUUGUUAUGAGUCUCGUCGUGUGGUUUCAGACAGUUUCAGGUAUUGUGUUUUUUUUCGCUUCACUGUGUCAUACACUUCGAUUCAGCAGCGUAAACUGAAGAGGAGUUAUGAGAGGUGCGCCGGCGAGUUCAGGGGCUCUGCAUACGACAGUUAGUUUCGGUGUUCAUCACUAAUGAUCAGGGAGAUCCGAGGCGACUAGUUUCACCACCUGGCUUUUUAAACACACUCGCUGCAGUGUAUGUGCCAAGGACGACGUGUGGUACGGCAGGAGCUGGUUUACUGAAAUGAUCGAACAGUCUUGCCAAAAAACGCAUGUGGGAAGGCGAUUAGUCAUAUUAGGAAAAACCUUAAAAGUGAAUGACACGAUGUAGGAAUUCCGACUGCCGAUCAGGGUUUGUUGCCAGUUUACUUUCACUUCUUUAAAAGGAGGAAGUCCGUUUCCGAGGCAGUUACGAUCGUAUAAAACAUUCCAGUCUCACAUUUUCACCUGCUGACAAAUUAACUGACAAGCUGCUGAAAAUGAAUCUGAAAGUAGGUUUGGAUCAGCCUGAAGGCAGUUUUAGCCAAACACUGUUUUGGUGAUGCCCUGCAGGGCGGGGCACUGAUGAUGAGGCAUCUUCUUUCCAGGUGGAAGGGAAAUUUUAGUCAGAGUAUACCUUUAUGCUUGCAGCCUGUUCAAAAAGUAUCCUAGCACUUUAAGUUAGCCUAGUCUAUACAGCGUAUCCGUUUUCUGUCCCCAUAUAUAUUUUCAAUGUGUGAUUUAUUAUUUAUAUUGUCUAUCUGCAAGGCAAAAAAAAAAAGAAAAAAGAAAUAGAUAGAUAUAUGACAAUAUAUUUUUGCAAAUGUUAAUGAAUCACACGGCUCAUGGCAAGUUUCUCCCAUGUGCUCGCACACUGCUGGAAGAGAUGAGGCUCAAAAUCCCACUGAACGGGAUGAUUUUCUGUAUAAAGACUUUAAAUGAUCAGCUGGGAUUCUCCUCGGUCUUCCUUGUGAUCUGACCCUCACGAGAGUUUGAUGUCAUGACUGCCCAGACCACACAACAAAAACAAACAAAAAAAAACUAACAAAAAAACUAAAAAGAAAAAAAGAACACACACACAGCUGGCUGCAUGAGAUCAAGACUUCUGACCUGCUUUGAGAUGAAAGUUGCAGGCUUUUUAGUGUACUGUAUUUAUAUCUGAUACCAGAAAC